AUGUAUCCCUCCCAUGAAGCACAGACACGGCCACAGUCCCCGUCCACAAUCGACACGCCGCCUGGGCAUCAAGACGGUGCCGUUAGAAUAACGGUCCCAAGUGUCUGUGAAGCGCUGAAGAUAUCCGAAUCUAUGUAUGAUAUGUUGAUGGGGUUCUAUUUUGCCAACAUGACCGCCUUCUCCCUCUUCCGGCCAGGCAGCAUCGAGCCAAAAUUUGCCAUGAUGCAGCACCACUCCGACGCCGAGGCACUUGUGGCCGCCAUGUUCUCUUUCUCCGCCCGGCAUUGUCGUGAUCCCAGCGGUUGUCCCAGCCCGUCAUACUUCGCGCACAUCGCAUCAUCGCAGCUGGACGAAUCCAUCGAACGCUAUGGCGACAUGCGGCCCCCUUUUUGGCUUUUGCAGGCCAGCAUCCUAGUCACCUUCUAUCAGCUGACGCUGAGCGUUCGGUCACGGUCGUGGAAGAAGCUCGGAGACUGCAUCCGGUACUCGUACGACAUGAACCUGCAUUUGGUCGAUGCGAACCGCGAUCCGUCCAGGGCCACGGACAAAGCUCCGGUAAACGUGCAGCGGUGGGCUUUGCUUGAAGAGCGGCGAAGAGCCUGGUGGGCCGUCUGGGAAAUGGACAUCUUUGCAAGCACCAUUCGACGGCUGCCGACAGCAAUCGACCCAAGCAUGAAUCUGACCAUGCUUCCGGUCCCCGACAGCUGCUGGUUUAACGACAUAUACCAGGAGAGCUGCUUCCUGGCCGAAGACUGCAAUCUCCGGUGGAAACACUUAGCCCGCUCAGGGAACCAGAGCGCGAAGGCCUGGUUCAUAGUCGUGAACUCGUUGAUGCGGAACACACAGCGCAUCGUCUACCCUGCCGGUCUGGCAAUGCAGUCGCUCGGCGGUAAGGGCACCGAGACAGAGCUCAGCAUCAUGGCCAACUGUCUGUACUGCACCAUCACCUCGCUUCCCGCUCACUUAACCUACCACGGCGAGAGCCUCGAUUUCCGACCACCAGCCUCUCCGCAGGACGCCACCAACCCCCGCCAAGAGCAUGCCGACAAGUACUCGAUCCACCUCAUGACCCAGCUCUGCCGCUUCAUGAUCUACAACCACAAGAUCUGCGCGCGUGCGCCCUGGCUGGCCCAUGCAAAGAACAACACCACCACCCCAAGCCCCACCACAUCCAAUAUAAACGACAACGACAGCACCACGCGCCAGGCCGAGUCGGAGUGGUCCAAUUACAUGAAAGCCGCCGACGAGGUCGUGACUGCAGUCCGCAACAGCUCAGCCGACCACCACCGGUACGUCAACCCGUUCCUGGUCAACACGCUGUGGUUCGCGGCCGCCGCGCAAUGCGCCUGCCGCGUGUUUGGCCCGCCCGCGCUCGAUUCAGGUUCCACAUACGGUCAUUACCGGCGUCUUGCUGGGUCUAAUUUGGAUCUUCUCAAGCUUGCCAUCGGUCGGUUUAUAGACUUUUGGGGCGGCAUGGAGAAUCUUAAGGGAAAGCUGGAUCGGCUGGAGACGGGGUUGUUGAAUCUCAUGGCUCGGCCGGCUGGGGCAAACGGGGGUGGGAAUGGGAAUGGGAAUGAGGUUGGUGAUGGGUCGGAUAGGCAGCGGGACCAGCAACAGCAGUUCCUGCGGGAAAGGCAGGCUGCUGAGGGUCUAAACGACUUGAGUACGAGUACUUCGGCCGUGCCCCGAGUCUCUACAGAGCCAGGCGUGCUGGCGCAGCCAGUUGGUGCAUUAUCGUCGUCCGGGGCCGAGGCGUUGCUAGAUGCACCUGGGGGGCCCACGCAUGGUUGGGCAACUUUUGUGCCGGAUCUGGGCGGUUUCUCACACCAAUUCCCUGUGACCGGCCCAAAUAUAUACUCAGCCGGCCCCAUGGACUUUUCACCAUUUGGGUUGGAGGAACUGUUCAUGGCCAGCAUGGAUUCACAGCUCUGA